GUCCCUCCCCUCCCCGCAGGCCCCGCCGCCGCCAUCUUUGUUGGGGGCAGCCGGGCCUGGCUCGAGAUGCCGAAGUCGUGCGCGGCCCGGCAGUGCUGCAACCGCUACAGCAGCCGCAGGAAGCAGCUCACCUUCCACCGGUUUCCGUUCAGCCGCCCGGAGCUGCUGAAGGAGUGGGUGCUGAACAUUGGCCGGGCCAACUUCCAGCCCAAGCAGCACACCGUCAUCUGCUCUGAGCACUUCCGGCCAGAGUGCUUCAGCGCCUUUGGAAACCGCAAGAACCUGAAGCACAACGCCGUGCCCACGGUGUUCGCCUUUCAGGACCCCACACAGCAGGUGAGGGAGAACACAGACCCUGCCAGUGAGAGAGGAAAUGCCAGCUCUUCUCAGAAAGAAAAGGUCCUCCCUGAGGUGGGGGCCGGAGAGGACAGCCCUGGGAGAAAGAUGGACACUGCGCUUGAAGAGCUUCAGUUGCCCCCAAAUGCCGAAGGCCCCCUAAAACAGGUAAGACUGAGUGCAAAGGUGGCCUGUGCUUGGACCCAGGAUGACUUGCUCCAAACAAAAUGGAAACCAGUGAACGCCCGCCAUGAGACCCGUGUGGCCGGGUGUGCAGCCUGCGUUUCAGAGCUCCCCAAAUUCUCCACCAUGGUAUGGGCACAUCUGGAUUUUGGGAGACCAGUCAGGAGCGUCCGGCCGCCUGGGGGUUGUGCUGGGUGCGUGUCUGGUGGCCUGCUUACCCUGGCCCGCCUUCCUGCUGGUGAUGCAGCUCUCAGCUCUCACUCCCCUGUCCUCAGGUCUCGCCAUGGAGGCCGCAAGCAACAGAGGCUGUUGGCCGGCCGGCCGGCCCUGCGGGCCUGAGAAGGCCCCCGUCCAAGCAGCCAUCUGAUCACAGCUAUGCCCUUUUGGACUUAGAUUCCCUGAAGAAAAAACUCUUCCUCACUCUGAAGGAAAAUGAAAAGCUCCGGAAGCGCUUGCAGGCCCAGAGGCUGGUGAUGCAAAGGAUGUCCAGCCGCCUCCGUGCCUGCAAAGGGCACAGGGGACUCCAGGCCAGACUUGGGCCGGAGCAGCAGAGCUGAGCCCCACAGGCUCCAGACGCAGAGGCGGCAGUGGCACCAGGGCCAGCAGGGCUUUGGCGCUCUGGCUGUGGACAUCUUUGUCUGCUGUAGACACUGAGAAAGUUGGUCGUGAGGCCUGCCAGGCGGGGGAUUGAGACAGUAGCCAAGCUCCCCAGCGAGAGCCCCGAUGCCGUCUGGGGGACGUUUAGAGGCAUGGCACCGAGUGCACGUCUAUGAGCAUGACGAGCUUAUCCUCCCACGGGAACGGCAGUCCAGGCCGAGGCUGAUUCUGGACGCUGUCCUUUCAGCACACGCAGAGCGAGGGUUGUUGGAAGCCCCAGUGUGGGAGAUGUUCCUCAGGGAGGAAGCCAUGUGACGGGCCCCGCUCUGUGGCCGAUGUGUGGUCCCCUCCUCCAUCAGCCUGGACAGCAGCUCAGGGUUCUAAGGCGUGACUCCUGUCCCGGCCUGGGGUGAGCGGGCAGUGUAAUAAAGUGUCUUUCU